CCAUCUCUUCCUCGUCCGCUACUUCUUCUUCCUCCAAUUAGCAAACCCUAAAUUUGAAACUUUCCGCCAUUGUAGUCCUGCACUGAACCUCAAAUCGAGCAGCAUUUGCUCCUAUUUUCGGCUGCUGAGUGCAGAUUUCUAAGUGUAAUUAUGAAGGGAGGCACUGUGCAGAUAAAUUGGCAUGAGACAAAGCCGGUAUUAACCCUAGAUUUUCACCCCACCACCGGUCUUCUCGCCACCGGCGGUGCGGACUUCGACAUCAAGCUAUGGCUUAUGGUUUGUGAAGCGGAGAAGAAAGUCCCUGCAGCUUCCUACCAGAGCAGCCUAUCUUAUCAUAGCUCAGCCGUAAAUGCCCUCCGAUUUUCUCCAUCUGGAGAGCAACUAGCCUCUGGUGCUGAUGGAGGAGAGCUGCUAAUCUGGAAGUUCCACCAAGUAGAAUCUGGUCAAGCUUGGAAAGUUUUUAAGACUUUAUCAUUUCACCGGAAGGAUGUGUUGGACCUUCAAUGGUCUAAGGAUGGUGUAUACCUUAUAUCUGGAUCAGUUGAUAAUUCUUGCAUCAUUUGGGAUGUAAAUAAAGGAUCUGUCCAUCAGAUUUUGGAUGGCCAUUUCCAUUAUGUUCAAGGGGUGGCAUGGGAUCCCUUGGCCAAGUAUGUUGCAUCUCUCAGUUCUGAUAGAACUUGUCGAAUUUAUGCUAAAAAACCUCAAACAGAAGGAAAAAUUGCUGAGAAGGUGACUUAUUCAUGUCAACACGUAAUUACCAAGGCUGAACAGCAGUCAUCAGAUGAUUCUAAGGGCGUGAAAAAUCAUCUCUUUCACGAUGAAACAUUGCCAUCAUUCUUUCGAAGAUUAGCCUGGGCCCCAGAUGGAUCAUUUUUACUAGUUCCCGCCGGCUCUUGCAAAUUGUCACCUUCAUCAGAACCCAUAAAUACUGCUUAUAUACUCUCCAGGAAAGAUCUUUCAAGACCAGCUCUACAGCUACCCGGAGCCAACAAACCUAUUGUUGUCGUUCGUUUUUGUCCUGUUGUUUUUAGCCUUCGAGGAUCAAACUCAGCUCGGUUCUUCAAGCACCCUUACCGGAUUGUUUUUGCUGUGGCUACUCUGAAUUCUCUGUACAUUUACGACACUGAAAGCAUCCCCCCUAUAGCAAUUUUGGCAGGCCUUCACUAUGCAGCCAUAACUGACAUUGCUUGGUCGCACAAUGCCCGUUUUCUGGCACUUUCCUCCCAAGAUGGUUACUGCACCUUAGUGGAAUUCGAAAAUGAUGAAUUGGGAUGUCCAGUCGCACUUUCAGAUUCUUCAGAAGAAAAGAAUGUGCCAGCAGAUCCAGAAAAGGCACAAAAUCAGAAAGCAGAGGAGAUGUCGAUUGAUGAUGUUACUGUAAAAGCCGAAGUAGAAACUGAUAAGCCGAAAGAAGCGUUGGGUUCAAAAGCCGAAGUACAAACCGAUAAGCCAAAAGAGGUGUCAUCAGAUUCGAGAAGCUCUUCCAUCCCAAAUAAACCAGCAAAGAGGCGAAUUACUCCCAUGGCAAUUGAUUAAAGUGAACAUACUUGACGGUCAGUCUCUGUAAAUUCCCAUUGUCUCUAAUCUUGAGGUUGUCCAUUGUAACAUAGUGAGCGGUAAGCAUAAUACUUCUCCGAGGCGGAUUAUAUGAACUUAAGGAUGCUGGUCAUGUCUCCUUAUAUGUAAUUUGAUAUUGUGAAAAUUCUUCGGUUCUGUUGGCUGAGGUUUUAGCCACUUUUGUAUUUUAUCAACAAAUUUUUAUGUCUUCAUUA